CGUGUUGUUUUUCAAAUCUGCAUUACUUCUCAGUCACUCUGUGAGACAUCCAGCUGAAAUGGAGGCUGUGAUUUUAGUUCUAGAAUGUUCCAGAACAUGCUGGGCUACACAACAGCCUUGAAAUUGAUCAGCCAGAUAUCAGAAUCAGUUUGUGUUUGACUGCUACGAACGUUGGUUGUAUUUCGUGAAUAAGUGACGGGUGUGGAACUUUUCCAUUUUUAGUGUUGUGAUAUUCAAUUUGUUUUGUGUUUGUGAAAGUUGAUUUCUUUUUCAUCAAAUUAUAAAGUGUAAUGGGGAAAGAUUACUACAGUAUUCUCGGUCUACAAAAAGGUGCUAAUGAUGAUGCUAUCAAAAAGGCCUACAGGAAGUUGGCCCUGAAGUACCAUCCAGACAAAAACAAGAGCCCUGGCGCGGAUGAGAAGUUCAAAGAGAUAGCAGAAGCCUACGAAGUGUUGAGUGAUAAGAAGAAGCGAGAUAUCUAUGAUAAGUACGGCGAGGAGGGACUGAAGGGGAGUGCGGGCAGUGCGGGGGGAGGGGGUAUGGGACCGAAUGGGUCCAACUUCACGUAUACGUUCCACGGGGACCCGCGCGCGACAUUCGCCCAGUUCUUUGGCACGUCGAGUCCGUUCAACUCGUUCUUCGACUUUGGCCCGGACAACCGAGGAAAUGGCAUGUUCUCGACAUUCGGCCAUGACGACGACAUGGAUAUGGACCAGGACAUAUUCUCGCACGGCAUCCACCUGGGUGGCGGCCCAAUGGGCAGAGGCCCCGGCGGCGCUUUCCGCUCCCAGUCGUUCAACAACCCCACACUCAACCGCGGCAAGGAUAAACUACAGGAUGCGCCCAUCGAAACCGACCUCUACGUCACCUUGGAGGACAUUCUGCGCGGCUGCACUAAACGCAUGAAGAUCUCGCGGAAGGUGAUGCAGCCUGACGGCACCGCCAAGAAGGAGGACAAAGUUCUGACCAUUCAUGUGAAGCCGGGCUGGAAAGCGGGCACAAAGAUCACAUUUCAAAAGGAGGGAGACCAAGGAAGGAAUAAAAUCCCGGCUGAUAUUGUGUUCAUCAUCCGAGACAAGCCUCAUCCUCACUUCAGGCGGGAAGGAAGUGAUGUCAGAUACACUGCCAAAAUCACAUUAAAACAGGCUCUGUGUGGCACAAUAGUGGAAGUGCCCACACUCACAGGCAGCAAAGUGACAUUGGACUUCUCCAAAGAAAUAGUGAAGCCGGCAACAGUGAAGCGAAUUCAAGGCCACGGACUUCCAUUCCCGAAAGAGCCAAGCCGUAAAGGUGAUCUAUUAGUUUCGUUCGAUAUCAAAUUUCCCGACACUCUCUCUCAAAGUACUAAGGACAUUUUGUAUGACACUCUACCUCAAUGAGAAUACGCUUCAGGAGCCUUGUACAGGUUUGAUGGUUUCCUAGAUAAUUUCACCCGGAAGUGAAUGAAUGCAAUUGGACACUCGACUACUGUCAAAUUUAUUGUUAAUUUUGGACAUGAAAAUCUCUUGGUUAUGCGAUAACACUCUUUUUCAUAAUUUAUUUUCUACGGUGAACAAAUAAUUCAUUUUACAGAACUAAUUUUAAUACCAUGUAGAAUAGCACUUAUGUAAAAGAAUCAUGUCAUAAAGGUCUAGAAAAAAGCGAAACGAAGUUGUAUUAUUUAUUAAUAGAAAGUUAUAAGUAAUGUCAGAUAGUGUAUAUUUUUUAUAUUGGUGAGUUUGGUUGAAUUGGUACUUUCCAGACAUGGAAACUAUUGUAUUAUUCUUAUUAGAUAGUUAGUAAACUCGUACUUUUUAUAAAAAGUAAGUAAAUAUUGUUAGACUGAUUUGUCAGUUGAUAACUUGUAAAUACCGAACUGAAACUUGAUAUUAAUCUUAUAUAAAUUAUUGUUGUAUGUAGAAAUCGAUUUUUGAAAACAUCUAGUAUGUAUUUGGACAGCAUUUAAGUCUGAAACUAAUGAAUCUAUACAAUUAUUAAAUUCUCACACAAUACCUAUGACCUCCAAUUCAGCCUAAGCGUGUUUAGUUCAUUUAUACGGUAUGAAUGUUGAAUAAGAUUUCAUUUAGGUUCCAGAAAUUAAAGAUGCCAGACUGACUUUUUCAAUUUUCUCAGUCUAUAAAAUUCCUAUCUUUAAUUAGUUUUGCUUGAAAUUGAAUCCAAAGCUAUUGUAAUAACGAACAAGUAAUUAAUGGACCGUGGUGAUUCUCAAAAUAUUGGAAUUCGGCUGUAAUUCUCCUUACAUUAUGAGAUUAUGAGCAGUGUUCAUGGAAGUCGUUCUCCAUAACAAGUUUCUUGUUUCCUAUUGUAACAGAAUGUAGAAUGCAAUCUUAAAUUAUACAUGUGGAUAGAGUUUUCUUGAAUAUUCUAAUAUUAUGCAUUCUAAAAUUUAUUCGUCAAUUCUCAAGUACUUUAUAUUUUAUAAUUUUCAAAUAUAAAUACUUGAAAAUUUUUGAAAUGCAUAAAAAUUAGAAAUUUUUGUUCAUCCUGCCAAUCAUAUAACGCAAUGACACGCUGUGUUGAGUCAUGGCAGCUACUAGACUGAACAUCAUAAAAAUUAUGUAGGAAAUACCUCAAAUAUUGACAAUUUGCUUGAAAACUCAAAGAAUCGCAUUGAAACGUCAUCAUAUUCUUGAGAAUGAUAAUUAGUGAAUAUCUCGGUCAGCUAGCUCUGAACUGUAAAUUAAGAUCCGCACAUAAAUUUUUCUCGUAGCCUGUAUAUAUAUUCCAUCAUAUUUUGAAGGUGAAACCAUAUUGGUUAUUCAAGUUACACAAAGGCUGCAUAAAUUAUUAUUAUCAAUUUGUACAUAAAAGUGUUAUGUUUGUUUGAAUCCGUUAUAUUUUGUAAUUGUGAGAGAAUUAAUUAAAAAUAUUUGUAAAAUAAAAUUGACAUAAUUUCAA